UCCCUUCGGCUGCUGAUAAGUUACAACCUCACAAGGCGUCUAAGCGCUCCUCGCGGCAGACGCAGCCGUCGUCCUUCUCGGUGGCAGCGCGCGGGCUCCCUUGAAGACGUCUGCUGACUGGAUUGUACCUAGACAUGUAGGGGCAGCUAGCGGGAUCGCUGUUCUUAUUUUUAAUCAUUUCCGCUCCUCCCUCGGUCUCUUCUCUUUUUUUACCUCAUUUUUUGGGGUGGUUGUGGUUGGGACUCUUUCUUCCGAAACCGGGAAAAGCCAACUCAAUUGAUUCCCGAUACUAAGCUCAGGAAGAAACAGCUUUCGCUGCACCUUCUUGCUGAAUUGUAAAGCUACAUUGCAUAGAUUUAGCAAUGGAAACCAGUUGGACUAUACAGUUGCUGCCUCUCUUAGCUAUGAUGUUGGUUUUUGUCACAGCAGUUCCAGAUGAAAAAAAAGGGAAUUGGUCCAGAGAAAUGAGAACUCAGACAGACCACCAGGUGAUACUAGGUGUAACUGAUAAUAAAAUCAUGACAGCACAGUUUGAAUGUUAUCAGAAAAUUACACAAACUACUCAAGAGUUUGAAGGUCCUCAUUGCAACAGAACAUGGGAUGGUUGGUUGUGCUGGGAUGAUGCUGCUGUAGGAAAGACCGAAGUACAAAGCUGUCCAGACUAUUUUCAGGACUUUGACCCUUCAGAAAAAGUUUUUAAGAUCUGCGAAGAAAAUGGGCACUGGUUUGUACACCCUGAGAGCAACAGAACUUGGACAAACUAUAGUCUCUGCAAUACAGGAGUAACUUACAAAUUGCAGACAGCUCUGAAUCUGUACUAUAUCUCUAUCAUUGGCCAUAGCCUUUCAAUUGUUUCACUUCUGAUUUCCCUUGCCAUAUUCUCCUAUUUUAAGAGCCUCAGUUGCCAGAGGAUCACAUUGCAUAAGAAUCUCUUUUUUUCUUUUGUUUGCAACUCUGUUGUAACAAUUAUUAUUCUGUCAGGAGCUGCCAACAACCAAGCACUGGUUGCAUCUAACCCAGUCGGAUGCAAAGUGGCACAAUUCUUCCACUUUUACUUAAUGGUUUGCAAUUACUUCUGGAUGCUCUGUGAAGGCAUUUACUUGCACACUCUCAUUGUGGUGGCUGUAUUUGCAGAAAAGCAGCACUUACUUUGGUAUUACCUCCUUGGAUGGGGGUUCCCAUUGAUACCUUCCUGCAUACACGCUGUAGCCAGAAGCAUAUAUUUCAAUGACAACUGCUGGAUCAGUUCAGAGACUCAUCUGCUGUACAUCGUCCAUGGCCCUAUUUGCACUGCUCUUUUGGUGAAUCUCUUUUUCCUGCUGAACAUUGUCCGUGUUCUAAUCACUAAGUUAAAAGUCACCCACCAGGCGGAAUCCAAUCUCUACAUGAAGGCAGUCAGAGCCACCCUCAUACUGGUGCCCCUGCUUGGCAUUGAAUUUGUGCUGGUUCCAUGGCAGCCAGAAGGUCGUGUCGCUGCAGAGAUUUUUAACUAUGUGAUACAUAUCCUGAUGCACUACCAGGGCUUGCUGGUGGCAACAAUUUUCUGUUUUUUUAAUGGAGAGGUCCAGUCUGUCCUACGGAGGCACUGGAAUCAGUACAGGAUCCAGUUUGAGCAUAGCUUUGCUCACUCCGAUGGUCUCCGGUCAGCUUCCUAUACCGUUUCUUCCUCCUUAACUGAUGGCCAGAGCUUCAGUUAUAACCAUGACUCCACCAGUGAAUAUUUAAAUGGAAAAAGCUUUAAUGACAUGGAAAAUGUUGCUUUUAAACCCGAAAAGCUAUAUGGGUGAUUACAGAAGACUGUUUCAGUUCUCACUGAUAUAUUAUUUCAAGAUGACUCCAUGAGCAGCACUGACUUCCGGGGGGAUGGUUGUUCUUGAAGAAUGCAAUGAAUUUCAAUUUGUUUCUUGUGUCCACAUGCAUUAGCAUAUCUUAGCAUGUGAGUACUUAUAUACUGGAGCUGGUGACACCCAACCAUUGAAAUGUUAAGCUUCAACCUCUGGAUUUAAAACAUUCAGAAAGAUGCUGGUUGAGAUUUUAAUGGGAUCAAUCAUGUCCUAGUUAGAUCUGUACUUGUAUAUAUUUUUUCUGCAUAUGAAUAUAUCUGGAGAUAGAUAAACUUUGCCUCUUCGACUUCUACUGUGUAGACAAAUUGGGCAAUUAUUUUGUACGAUGGGAAUCAGAGAAAGUUCUGUAUUUUUUCAGCAGUUUGUUUCAUGACUGGGUUGUCAUUUUGCAGCCAUUUUGUUGCUUCAAAACAUGUAUAUACGGUAUUUAUCAUAUUCUGUUGUCUUAAGUGCAACCAACAAACACAGUCUAACUCUUGGAAAAAAAUCACUAAUUGAGAAGCAUUUUUCAUGUUGACUGUGCAGCAUCUGACAAAGAUGGAUACAAACCAAUCUGCAAUAUUCUAAAUAAAGUGGGUUCAAAUUCACUACAAAUGGGAGGGCCAACAUUUUCAGGUAUAACUCUGCCUCUUCCCUUCAAUCCCUGUAAGGAACCUAAAAGAAAAUAGUCAUCUUAUCCCAUCAUCUUAUCCCAGGCAUGGGAACUGUGAUGAUAAGGUGGAGUUCGUUUUACGGCUUUGGUGCAGCCUCGAACUUGAUGACAUCUGCGCCUCCCAGCAUUCUUAAUCAUGGAUUGAUCACAGGGAAUCCAUUCUGCAACCCCCCCAACAAGAAAAUGCUGUUCAGAGAACAAAAGGGAUGAUUUCCUGGAUUCUCCUUGCCCAGAGUAUUCUUCAAGCUUCAGGGACCCAGCCCGUGCCCAGAAAAUGCUGCGCCAUUGGCGCUACUUAAAAAAAUAGUACUGCUUAGUCUGCCAUUCCCCACAGGAAGCCUGAUAAGGUGGAGUUUCUGUGCAUCUGUGGACUUCACUUUUGUUUUAAUUAAUGGAUCCAGUUUUAUAUGUGCAUGGGUAUAACGAUAUAAUUCCAGCAAAGUGAAUGUUUAUGAAGGAGCAGUGCAUGCGUUAGAGUAUGCUGUAUAUGUCUUGCAGGAUAUGCUUUGAAGGUAUUAUGCCAGUGUCAGUGGUAGAUUUGCAUUCAGUAAAGAAACUGGGUGCGUAACUUACCUGACGGGGCUUACCAAAUUAGAAAAAGGUGUGGUAAUUUGUAGAUAGGCUUCCCUGAUUGGGCAGCUGCUUUGAUCAGAACAAGAGAAGACAGUGCAGCAGCCAAGCCUUCUAGAGAGCAGAGAGGAGUGAUGGGGCUUAAACCACAUUUAUUUAUUUUUGCUGAGUGGAAAAUAUGGGUGGGGGAAAUCAGUACUGGAAGGCAGUGUCUAGUAACAGAAGUAGUAUACCCACAGGGGCUCCAUGAUCCAGGCCCCACAACCAGAAUCCUGUCACUUAUCGUCAACAGUGAUCCUAUCUUCCUAUAACCUUUACAGAUGCAGAGACACUCUCACUCAAAGUCCAGGGCUAGAAAUGAGUUGCUCCUAUUGGGGUGAGCAAAGACUAGAUGAUGAUGAUGAUCUAAUCAGGCUGGGCACCCCAGUUCAGACACCUAAGCCAGGUAGAUUUUUGGUUUCAGUUGUAUAGAUGUUGGCCAAGCACUAGUGGGGUUGUUUAGACCUUGGCUUUAUUUUUUUUAAAGUCAAUGGGAAAAGUGCAGUUCUUCCACUGGUGGCUGAAGAGGAGGGAAGGAAGGGCAAUUAUCUUCCCCUUUACAGCCAUUCGUGUCAUCUCUAAAUCUACUCUGGAUGGUCGGGGAACUCUCCAGAGCAGGUUCAGGAGGAGCUGAAAAAAGUGAAAUUAGUAGAAAUUGUUGUGCUGGCAGAUUUCCAGUAGGAGUCUUUUGAUUUUGUGUGUUUGUUUUGCCUCUCUUCGUUCAUUUGAAGCCAAUGGACGAGAUGGCCAAAGAGGCCAUCCUAUUAUUUGGUCUUGUACAGAAUCCUUAAAUAGCUACAGUUAGCACUUUAUAUCAGCAAAGGGUCCUCCACUCUUGUCUGAAAACAUGAAAGCUACAUGGAAGUCAGUGAGAUUUGAGGCCACCUUCAUUGUCUGCAAGAUUGCAUCUAUAGCCUUCUGAAUGAAGCUUCUCCUGGCUUGCAUAGAAGAACUGGUUUAACUUUGUGUUGUCUGAGGUUACUGGGUCUUAUUCUUCUGCCUGUAUAUACAGAAGUGCUUUACCCAAUGGAUAACACCACUGUUACUGUAUGUUUCACUGAUCCACAACUGUGCAAAAGAUUUAAUAGGAUAAAUGUCUUUCAAGGAAGUUUGGUAAGAACUUUAUGCUGUGCCUUUGUGAACAUUCUUUAAAAAAAAAAAAGAUAAAUCCUGUAUACUGAAUAGCCAAAUAAAUAUGCAAGAGCACAUGAAAUUAGGUGAAAUAAACCUUUCAAAACUCAUGAAAGAAA